UCCGAUAAAAAAAUUGUUGCUGAAUAUGCUAAUCUACAUGGUGCUACUGCUGCAGCAAGAAAAUUCAAUAUUCCUGCUCAAGUUGCGUCAUAUUAUCAACGAAAAAUGAACAGCAAACCACCCGGUAUAUUCUUUGCAAGUUUCUUUAUACAUGUUUCUUCUAAAAAGUUGAUUUCAAGUUUUGAUUCAUGUCAAUGUUUUCGAAUAUAUUUUUUGAAAUUUGCAUCAAUUUUCGUGAACUUUAAGCAAACCGCAACGAAUCCCGCACACUGUAGCGGAAGUCCGGGAUUUUUGAGAGGAAGAGGUCGCGGUCGGCCAAAAUUAAUUGGUGAUGAAUUGGAUGCAGAACUUGUUGAUUACAUGGUUCAGAUAAAACAAGCGGAUCCUCGUGGUCAUAUGACAGCUUCACAAGCACUUGCUAUCGCUCGAAGUUAUAUACUUGAUAAAGCUCCCGGUCUUUUGGAGGAACAUGGUGGACAGGUCAAGUUGAAAUUAACAUGGGCAAUGAAACUUGUAUCACGAAUCACCGAGCGACAAAAGGAGAUCGAAUUGGGCUUGCCGGCGGGGGCGUUAUCUAAUAUGUCAACUGGUAUACCUCCAGGUGGCAAUUUUAUGGCGGAUAUGUUGUCGCAAAAUUUUUUGAGCCAGCAAGUUUCUCAGAUGAUGAAUCAAGCCAUGACAGGUUAUUUUAAAAAUAUCUUAUAA